AUGGAUGCAUACUCAGGCUAUAAUCAGAUCCCAUUGCUAAAAGAAGACCAGGACAAAACGGCGUUCGUCACACAGACUGCUAAUUACUGUUACACCAUGAUGCCGUUCGGAUUGAAAAACGCGGGUGCCACUUACCAACGAAUGAUGAAUGAGGUCUUCAAAGACUUGAUUGGUGACAGCAUUGAAGUCUAUAUAGACGAUAUGAUCUCUAAGUCACAAACUCCAGAACAACACUUGACACAUCUCCAAGGCGUGUUCAAUAGGUUGAGAAAAUACAACAUGCGGCUCAAUCCAAGCAAAUGCGCCUUCGGAGUUCCAGCAGGGAAGUUCCUAGGCUUUAUGCUGACUGAAAGAGAAUUUGGGGUGUUACAGCUGUCAUGCCCGCCUGUCUUAACAAAGCCAGAUAUUGGAGAGAUCCUUUAUUUAUAUCUCUCCGUGGGUGUAGAAGCCAUCAGUGCCGCCUUGGUCAGAGAACCAAACGGAGAAGCACAGAAACCAGUGUAUUUCAUCAGCAAAGUCCUGCAGGGCGCAGAGCUUAGGUAUCAGCAGGUUGAAAAGGUUAUUCUCACACUCAUCUUUGCUGCGAGAAGACUUAGGCCAUACUUCCAAUGUCACCCAAUCACAGUUAGAACUAAUCAACCCAUCCGCCAAGUAUUACAAAAGCCUGAUCUGGCGGGACGAAUGAUGUCUUGGGCGAUUGAACUGUCAGAAUACCAGAUCAAUUAUGAACCAAGAACAGCCAUCAAAGCACAAGCCCUCGCAGAUUUCAUUGCUGAGAUGACCCAUACCACUGCAAGCGGCAAUCAGUUGGGGGAAACCCUGGCGACAUGGAAGCUGUUCGUGGAUGGAUCAACCAACGCCAAAGGGUCAGGAGCCGGGUUGAUCGUGGAAAAUCCUGAUGGUGUGACGAUGGAGCAUUCUUUAACCUUCGACUUCAAUACGACUAAUAAUCAAGCAGAAUAUGAGGCUUUGAUAGCCGGUUUACUUCAAGCCAGAGAACUGGGAGCCCAACAUCUCAAGGUUUUUAGUGACUCACAGCUGGUGACCUGUCAAAUUUCUGGCGAAUAUCAAGCAAAAGGUUCCCUGAUGUGCAAAUACUUAGAAAUAGCCAAAGAUAUAAUGGAGACAUUCAUGACAGUCAAGGUGGAGCACAUUAGGCGGGGAGAGAACACCCGGGCCGACAUACUCGCCAAACUGGCCAGUACCAAGAGUCCAGGUAAUAACCGUUCGGUCAUCCAGCAUAACCUACAAACGCCAUGCGUUGUAAUGAGUAUUACGGGAGAAACAGAUGAAAUCGCAGCUGACACCUGGAUCACUCCAAUCGCUAACUACCUUUCAGAAGGUUUCUCAACCCCACUGUUGAAAUGUUUGAACCCAGGAGACAUGGGGUAUGGGUUGGAGGAAAUCCACGAAGGAAUUAACGGCCACCACAUAGGUGGACAUUCUCUAGCAAGGAAAGCGCUGAGAGCUGGAUUCUGCUGGCCGACCAUGGAGCGAGACGCUUAUAACCAUGUCAAGAAGUGCGAUAAGUGCCAACGUUUCGCGGACGUACAUAGAGCCCCACCAGAGGAGUUGACCUUGAUAACGUCGCCUUGGCCCUUUCACAAAUGGGGAAUGGACAUUCUUGGACCUUUCCCAAAAGCCACGGGGCGUAUACAGUGGCUAAUCGUUGCCAUUGACUACUUCACCAAGUGGGUAGAAGCCGAGGCAGUCGCCACCAUCACUUCUCAGAAGGUCAGGAAGUUUUUUUGGAGAAACGUUGUCUAUCGUUUUGGCAUCCCGGGAGAGGUUAUUACAGAUAAUGGAACCCAGUUUACCGAUUCUAAGUUCAGAGAAUUGAUGACGAACCUUCAAAUUUGGCACCACUUUGCAGCCGUAGAACAUCCUCAAUCUAAUGGGUUAGUUGAAUCAGCUAACAAGAUGCUAUCCAAAGGAAUAAAAAAGAAGUUAACCUCCCAUAAAGGAGCCUGGCUUGAAAACCUCCAUGGCGUGUUGUGGGGAUAUCGGACAACCGCCCAAUCCAGUACGGGAGAGACCCCUUUCCGUCUGAUUUAUGGUGCAGAGGCUAUGAUACCAGUCGAGAUCGGUGAACCUUCUUGGAGAAAGGAGCAAGUAACAGAGGUAACCAACCGUCAAGGUCUCAAAGAAACACUUGACUUAAUUGAAGAAAUCCGAGAACGGGCAGCGCAAUCUGAUCGGCAGUCGAAAGAAAGGUCAGCCAGCCGAUACAAUAGCAGGGUCAUCCUCAGGAAGUUUCAAACUUUUGACCUCGUUCUCAGGCGAGCCGACGUAGGAAACAAGAACGCUCAAGACGGAAAGCUCGCUCCGAAUUGGGAAGGACCAUAUCGAAUAGCAAAG